CAACUCUUCGCCAUGAAUUCCUUUGUAGCAAUUUGCGUUGUUUGCACCGUGGCGAUCCCAGAACCCUUUGCGCAUAGCAGAGGAUCCGAUUACUAGCAACUCCUUAACGGGCAAGGCGCGUCUUGAUUCUUGAUGAUCAUCAAUUUUCGCCAAGAUAAUCUUAUUUCCCCCCCCAACCAACAGCUAUGUCUAAUGUGGAGUUCCUUCGAAUAUUGCAUCAGUGUGAUAAGGAAAUCGAUUGGCAAACUGAAAGUGGGUGGUUGCUAGAUAUUUACGAGGAUUACAUUCCUAAUGACUCGGAAAAAGCUUUCACGAGCGUCAUUACGUUGCUUCGGAAACUGAAAGAUAAGGGAGUUAUAGGGAUUGAUCAUCUCGUUGUAUUGAAAGAUAUACUAAAGAGGAUAAAAAAGAGGAAUCUUCUUCAAAUUUUGAGAGAAUUCGAAAAUAAGAGAAAGGACUAUAAAGAGUUACUGAAGCAGAUAGGCCGAGCACUCCAAGAGUCCAACGAACUACAACGAUCCAUUUCAACCUGCGUAGAAAACAAUGUGAUACCUCGUGAAACCGGAAAACAAAUCAAAGAUUUCGAUGCAUUAUUCAAAAUGUUAGAAGACCGGCACAUAUUGGGAAUAGAGGACCUCACUAUCCUGAAGACUAUAGCAACCGAGGUGGAGAAACCAGAUUUGUGCAGACUGGUGGAGGAAUUCGAAAAGAAGAGAAAACAGGAAGAAGAUGCCGAAAGAUGGAACGACAACAUACGACGAGUAGGAGCUGGUGCCGCUUCUUUUCUUUCUCGUGGAAUAAAAAUUGGCGGAGGAAUAGGAGCUGUUACACCUCACUGUACUUUCCACAAUCUUGUUGGUGGUACCGUACUCGUCACUGCAUGGAUGGUCCUUCGCAAGAGUCGUAACCUGGAAGAAUUUUCCAAUGCUUUGACAGGAGCUGUUCUUCCAUUGGGAAAUUUCUUGCGUGCAAUCGGUGAAGGAUCGAUCCGAUUUACGAUUCAAGCAGAAAAUGUUUUCGCUCUUGACGCACUAUGGCAAAGUUAUCAGGAUAAAACACUACAGACAAAGUUACAAAAGUUUCUUGUUACUGAGGAAAUAGAGCAGCUGACAGGUGGUGAAGUGAGAUUGACUGUGGACAUCGACGAAGAUGAAUACAGAAAUGCCAGGUUGUAUUUGAUGAUAUCAGGAAUAGAAGAGAUGAAACUUGAAGAGGAAAGAGGAUUAAAAGAACGGGCAAGUUCUGAUUCAGACCUUCUGAAAGAACGAAACAUGACCACUGCCAAUACAAGAGAUCCUUUUCCAGAGAGGGAGUUUUUACCAUUUGACAGAAAACUGCGUGUAGAAGAAUAUUUGGAAAAUCUUCAGGAGACCUCCAGCGAAUUCACACUACCGAGUGAUAGCGGAGUUGGGACUUUGAGUAGUGCCACUUCUGAAUAUGGAUUUGACAAAGGAGACAGACUUGAAAAGCUCGACCAGGUUGAAGGGUUAAUCAAAGAUGUCAUUGAGAAUUGGGACAGCAUUCAGGAAGCAUGCAGAGAUGCAUACCCGUCCGAAGGACGUAAAUAUCGUAGCAUAGGGAAAGAAUUGGAAAAGUUCAGAAUGACUCUAGGAACCGUGAAAGAGAUGGAAAAAGAGUGGAUGAUUGCAG